AUGUUGGGGAAGAAAGGGGAGGGCUUUGACUCGCUCUUCAUUUACGCCCUUGUGGGCGUCUUUGUGUUUCGAUGCAUGCUUGAGGAGAGUCAAAUCUUCCCCGGGACGAGUAUUUGCAGCGGGAUAGGGAAACGUAACGCUUUGGAGGUCUUGAAAUUGAUCGAGGAAAACCCGGUUUUCGUUUGGGGUCACGAGACUAAAUUCAAGAGUCUUCUAGAGUUGACCAGAGACCUUGCCCAAGUCAUUAGUGAUCUGUUGAAGUUCCGUCUCCCGGCGGUGGACGGGGAUGUUGUCGAGGCCAAGAAGCAGUCUAGAAAACUGGUGGAAGCUAAGGAGAAGGAUUGGGAGAUCCAAAUGUUAUCCAUGAAGCAUUCCAUAGAAAAGCUUGCUUUGAGGAGCGGAAAGGGAGUCAUGCAAUGGAAUCGCUGGAACUAUUCUGUGCCGGGGCAUAUGAACAUCCCUGUCUGGAGGUGA